AUGGCAUGUUCGGAGAUCAUACAACAACAUUCACAAAUAUUUGAACGCAGUCAAAUACCGACGCCCGAGCAACGUUACAAUGCCAUUGUAACUGUUGUAAAUGAUUGUGAUUAUAAUAAUCGACUAAAUCGUUUAUGUUCAUUAAUUGAUUUUCAUAUUCAAGAACAAGAAAUGUUAUCGGUGACAAUACGAACCUUAUCGACACCGAAACAAAUACGUGGUUCACAAAUACCAUUAGUUAAUGGACGCUCCUGCUCUUAG